CAGGACUAUUUUCAGAGGGGCAAACAUUGGUGGGGUCAAGACCUGGUAAGGAGCGUUCAGCGUAAACUGAUAGCGCACCUAGUGCUUAGUCGCCCUGAGACCGUGUGUCUAAAGCCGUGCUCGUGUUUUCAUUUCGUACAGUAAGCAAGAACAGAAACAGCCGCAGCCAUGGACGCCAUCAAGAAGAAAAUGCAAGGAAUGAAACUCGAAAAGGAGAAUGCAUUGGAACGUGCGGCCCACAACGAGCAGAUGGCCAAAGAUGCCAAUCUGCGUGCAGAAAAAAAUGAAGAAGAAGCACGCGCUUUGCAGAAGAAGAUCCAAACCAUUGAGAAUGAUCUCGAUCAAACUGGUGAACAGCUAACCCAAAUUAAUGCCAAACUGGAAGAAAAAGAAAAAGCUCUGCAGACCGUAAGUACUUUCGGUGACGUAAGCGGUGUGAGUUUGGUUGCCGAAAGUGAAGGGGCGUUUGUUAGCCGUAAUUGCGGCGAAACACGUGGGUCGCAGCUGAACGUCGGCGCAGUAUACGAAGUCCCGAAGUCCGAGAAAUUUCGUCAGUUUCACCAACAUGGCUGCUUUAGUAAAUAUGUGUUCGUUUCGUGUCUGAAAAAUAUGUCCCAAAGAGGCGGCCCGGGGAGUACAAAAAAAAGAGGCCAUCAACAUCAUCCCCGCAACAAUGGAAGUAGAAGACGUGCCGCCUUGGAACCAUCGUUUCUUCGAGGUUCCAGUGAUGUUCAGUUAAAACAACAACAAACCCCUGGGGUUCAGCAAUCCACCCCCGAAGUAGUACCUGUGAUAUUGAGUGCCUCAAGUACUAGUAAUAAAGAAGUCGACCAAGGCAAAAGUGAUAUUAUAGAUUUAACCAACUGUGAUGAUGAUGAUUUAGUUGAUAGUAAACAGUCCAAGUUAACUUCUCACAAAAAUGAUACGUCGAAGAACGGUUCCUUCAGUCAUAUGUCACUAAUUGACCGUCCAGCUGCAGAAGGCUCCAGUCAAAGCGAUCAAGAAGCCGAAGAUGCAGAAGUUGAGGAACUCUCAAGGUUGAGAUGUACCUCAGAAAGGACAGAAGUCGUCGCCGAACGGGAGGCACGAAGGAAAAGAAGAUGUGCUGAUUAUCCUGGUCUCGCUUUUGGCAGUUCCAUCUUCAGUUCCGAUACGCUGAUGAAGUUCUCCAUAAUACGUAACGAGCUGCAUAACAUUAUGAAUACGCAACUUAAGAGGGUACGUUAACAUUUUUACGUGCAA